AUGUCAUUUACACAAAUAGUAGCACGUACACCAUGCGAGAACAUGGUCAAUGGAUUGACAACAAGUUCACAUCUUGGAAAGCCAGACUUUCAGUUGGCACUUAAACAACAUGCUGCAUACUUGGAUACUUUGCGUCAAUGUGGUUGUCAAGUCACAUGUCUAGAGGCAGACAGUCGCUUCCCAGACUCAACAUUCGUAGAGGAUGUGGCAUUGUGUGUACCGGGUGGUCUCGUUGCCACUAUCUCAAGACCAGGUGCUCCCUCGCGUCUAGGUGAGGCCGAGUUGAUAGGUGACACACUGUCCAAACACUUUAAGAACAUCGAGCACAUCAAUGCUCCUGGUACAUUGGAGGCGGGCGAUGUUAUGAUGGCCGGCACACACUACUUCAUUGGCCUGUCUGCACGUACAAACAGAGACGGUGCCAACCAGCUCAUUGCCAUUCUCCAACGCUACGGACUCACCGGAGAGAUUGUCGAGGUGCCCGAUGCACUACACCUAAAGACCAGUGUCUCAUACUUGGAGAACAACACAAUGAUUGGAUGGAAGGAGUUCAAGUCAAUGCCUCAAUUUGCCAAGUACACAUUCAUCGAGGUCGAUCAAGACGAACUCUACUGCGCCAACAGCAUCCAUGUCAAUGGCAAGAUACUCAUGCCCCUUGGCAACCCCAAGACCAAGGCCAAGCUUGAGCAGGCCGGCUUCCAAGUUCUAGAGGUCGAUUCCUCCGAGUUUAGAAAGAUUGAUGGAGGUCUCAGUUGUCUAUCAUUGAGGUUCUAG